UUUCAUAUUAUCAAAAUCUAUCCUCUCAUAAAAAUAUUUCUUAUAUAUUUGUUUGGUUCAUCUAUUUGAUUUUAGUGUGAUAAAGAGAUAUGGCAGAUUUAAGAGAUGAGAAGGGGAAUCCGAUUCAGCUGACUGAUCAGCAUGGAAAUCCUGUUCAGUUGACUGAUGAGUAUGGGAACCCUGUUCAUAUUACCGGCGUUGCCACCACCGGAGCUACUACCGGCCAUCAUGAUCAUGGUGUUGGUGGCGCCUCGCAUGGCGGUGUGGGGUCCACGGGACUCGGCGGUGUAGCUGGUGCUGCUGGACUUGCUGGUGCAACUGCUGCUGCUGCUACUCAUGGUGGUAGUCAUGGUGGUACUGGAACUCAUGGUGUGGGACCCACUGGAGUCGGUGCAGCUCACGGUGGUACCGGAACCACCACUGGACUUGGUACUGGGACUGGAACCACCGGACAGACUCAUGGGAUGGGGCCUACUGGGAUUGGUGGAACUCAUGGGGUGGGGUCCACUGGGAUUGGUGGAGCUCAUGGGGGUACUGGUGUGUUAGGGCAGACCCAUGGGAUGGGGCCUACCGGGACUGGUGCCGCUCAUGGUGGUCUGGGGACUGGACAGAGUGGACUGGGAAGUAGCUAUGCCACUCAUGGUGGCCUUGGGACAGGGAUUGGCACCGGCUCGGCUCCAGCCAGUGCAGGUAGUCAUGCGCAUGCACCGGGGAAGAAGACCGCCUUGGGAGAGCAGCUUCACCGCUCCAGCAGUUCAAGCUCCAGCUCGGAGGAUGAUGGGCAAGGUGGGAGAAGGAAGAAGGGAUUCACAACGAAGAUAAAGGAGAAACUGGGAGGCGGAAAGCACAAGAAGGACGAGCACACCACCGUGGCCACCACCAAGACCACGACGGCAGCUCAUCCCGGAGGGGCGGCUGUGGCGGUGGAGCAUCACGAGCAUGAGAAGAAGAGUAUGCUGGAUAAGAUAAAGGACAAGCUCCCCGGUCACCACAGCCCUACGUCUCACUAAAAAUGUUGUGGGGUUUAAUCUCUUUUGGUUUAAAGACAAUGCUGUGUGUUGUAAAAACCGAUGAUUGGUUAUGUAACAAUAAUUGUGCUGUUUCUUAGCUCAGUUGCUUUGUUUCUUAGGUUGGUUUGUGUCGUCGAUGUUUCUCCUUUGCGUUGUAAUAUUACCUUUUCUUUGUGUUAAAUCAAAAUUUAUUUUAUCUUAGCAAAAUACAUAAGCUAUCUAU